ACGUAAGUCUUCUUUUUCCCUUCUUCUUUUCUGCAGAUAUGUAAGUAUGCUUCCAUUUGCAAACUGGGUACUAUCGCAUUAGCAAAAUUUUUAAACCAACUGCUUCAGUUUUAGCUAAAAAUGGGAAGCCAUGGAUAUUACUUACCUAGAAUUACUAUCACUAGACGAUUCGGAACACACCCUUUUAUUUUUAUUCCCAGCUCGCAACCAUUUUCCUCCGAUUCUACUUCUACCCCGAACCAGAACAAUCCCAAUCAAGUUGAACAGGUUUCUAGUCUUCAGGAAGUGACAUUGAGCACCACCAACAACCAACAUUCUAACCCUUUAGAACCUUUGUGCCUUGAGUUAGUUCAAAAGCUUCGGGUUUUACUUCAACAGGGGCGUACCUGUGCUGCUGAGAGCCUUAUUAAGUCGGUAAUUCUCUCCAAAUCUCCCUUUUCAUCACCUUCUGAUCUCAUUCCGCUUUUUUCUGUCCAUUCUCCAUCCUUGAAUCAUGUUUUUUCAAAGACGUUGUUUAUGGCGUUUUUGGAUCUCAAAAUGACUGAUGAUGCUAUAAGAUUAUGCACCUCAAUGAAGAAAAAUGGUGUUGUUCCUGCCGUGGGUACCCUUAAUUUUUUAUUUAAACUUUUAAUGUCUUCAAAAGAGUUUAAGAAAACGCUUGACUUCUUUUCUGAACUUGUUGAAUCUGGUAUUCAACCAGAUAGGUUCAUGUAUGGUAAGGCAGUUGAGGCGGCGAUAAAACUAGGGAAGAUGAAUAAAGCAUGUCAUCUGGUGUGUUGCAUGAAGAAGAAAGGGAUUAAUCCUACUUUUUUUGUUUAUAAUGUGAUAAUUUCUGGCUUUUGCAAAGAGAAGAAAAUGGUGGAUGCACAGAAGAUAUUUGAUGAAAUGAUCACCAAAAACAUGUCCCCGAAUUUGGUUACUUAUAAUACAAUUAUCAAUGGAUAUUGUAAGGCGGGAAAACUGGAUAAAGCUUUUAGUUUGAAGGAGAGGAUGAAGCUUGAAAAUUUGGGACCUAAUCUUGUAACAUACAACUCUUUGCUAAGUGGGCUCUGUAAGGCAAGGGAGAUGGAGGAAGCCAAAAAGUUAUUGCUUGAGAUGGAAACUUAUGGGUUUGCACCAGAUGGAUUUACCUAUAGCAUACUUUUUGAUGGGUAUCUGAGGUCUGGCGACGGUGAAGCCUCAGUAGUUCUGUUUGAAGAAGCAGUUAAAAAAGGGGUGAGAAUAAAUGAAUACACUUUUUGUAUUUUGUUGAAUGGGUUAUGUAAAGAUGGUAAGACAGAAAAAGCUGAGGAAAUUUUGACGAAGUUAAUGAUGAAUGGAUUGGUUCCGAAUGAAAUAAUUUUUAAUGUACUAGUGGAUGGGUACUGCCGAAAAGGAAAUAUUGAUGGUGCUAUAUCAAUCAUCCAAAGGAUGGAAAAUCAAGGCUUAACACCCAAUUGCAUCACUUUUAAUUCGUUGAUCCAUAAAUUUUGUGAAAUAAAAGAGAUGGACAAGGCAGAAGAAUGGUUGAGAAAGAUGAUAGAGAGGGAAGUUUGCCCUAGCAUUGAAACCUAUAACACCCUUCUUGAUGGUUAUGGACGGAUGCAUCUUUUUGAUAGAUGUUUCCAAGUUCUCGAAGAAAUGGAAAGUAAAGGGAUAAAGCCAAAUGUUGUAAGCUAUGGAACUCUCAUUAAUUGUCUCUGCAAGGUUGGUAGAUUUAUUGAAGCUGAAGCAGUUUUUGCUGAUAUGGAUGGAAAAGGAGUUUUUCCAAAUGCUCAAAUUUAUAAUAUGCUGAUUGAUUGUAAUUGCACAUCAGGGAAGAUGCAAGAUGCUUUCAAGACUUUUGAUGAAAUGAUUGAUAGGGACAUCACCCCAACCCUUGCAACAUACAAUUCACUCAUCAAUGGAUUGUGCAAGAAAGGGAGGAUGAUUGAAGCAGAAGAGUUAGCCAACCAAAUUACAAACAGUGGUCUUACACCUGAUGUGAUCACAUACAACUCCCUUAUCUCUGGUUAUUGUAGUUCUGGGAACCCUCAAAAAGGGCUUGAGUUAUAUGAAACUAUGAAAAAGCAAGGCAUCAAUCCUACAUUAAAAACCUAUCAUCUUUUAAUAUCUGGAUGUAGCAAGGUUGGUCUAGAUACUAUGGAGAAACUGUUCAAUGAAAUGUUACACACGGAUCUUGCUCCAGAUAGAGUUGUAUAUAAGGAACUGAUUUUUUGCUAUGUAGAAAACGGAGAUGUUCAAAGGGCAUUUGUUUUGUACAAUAAGAUGAUAGUUGAAGGAGUCCUACUAGACAAGAUAACUUAUAACAGCUUAAUUUUAGGAUGCUCCAGAGGUGGUAAGGUUACAGAAGUAAGGAAACUUGUCGAGGAUAUGAAGGCUAGAGGGUUGACUCCUAAGACUGACACUUACAAUAUCUUAGUUAAGGGAUUUUGUGAAUUUGGUGAUUAUAUUGAGGCACAUGCGUGGUAUAAAGAGAUGUCUGAAAAGAAAUUUUUGUUAAAUUCCUCCGUUUGCAAUCAACUCAUUGAUGGUCUGAAAAGAGAGGGGAGGUUUCAGGAAGCGCGACUUAUUUUGUCUGAGACAGACGUCAAGGGACUGAAUGUCUGAAAUUUGAGUAAUGAGCCUUCUGCAUCUAUGACUAUGACUAUGUGUAACAACUCUCAACUGAGAGUUAGCACUUGGAUUACUUGGGUAAAAUACAGUGGGCUCCUUUCCGGAUGGAGUUUCUCUCCAAGUGCAGUACCAAAAUAUCGUACCAAAAAACACAAGUCCCACAACACAAAAGUAAUAUAUAACACAGUACACGUCACCCAACCCUACUUAAUUCUAGUUAGGUGAAUUCCCCGAACUACCCCUUCUCACAUAUGUAUGUAUGAUGGGUGGUCAAACACUACGUAGUUGAAACCUUGCUUUAAAGAACCUGUGAACACAUACGGCUAUCACUGCGUUGAAAUGUGUUUCUACAGGAUUAUGGUGCCAUGGUUCAUGGCCAGUCCCACAGUCCAACGUUUUAUAUCUGAUGACACAGCUGCCGAGUGUCUUGGUAAGCAGGGUCCCUCUUCUUAGCUUUGUUUUUGUACUGAUUCAUUAACCUUAUCAUUUAUUUUUUCUGUGAUUCAGACAAAUGAGCUGUAUAGAAUUCUGACAUAUUACUUGCUGUAUGCUUGGGUAAGGCCAUAUGUCUUAUGUUACAUGGCUUGGUUACUAAUUGAUUCAUGUUCAUUCUACAUCAAAA